AUGCAAUUGUCGGCGAAGAAGCUUGCAGUUUAUCCGAUAGACGACUGCUACAUCUUGGCCGGGUCUAUUCCUAUCAAAGGCCCUGAAUUCAGUCGAGAAAAACGGGUAACAGCGAUAAUGGUGUCAGUCAAAGCUUUAUUCGCACUCUAUGCCAUCUCAGAUAUCGCAAACUCAUAUCCCAUACACCGUCACAUAGACGACUUUUCUUCAGAGUCUCAUCAUUUGACACCAAGAUCACCGAAUCCGAGAUUCAAAAACCCAUUUGAUGUCGACCAUUACCUGGCGGAUCUGGAUUACAAGAUUCCCAACAAUAAAGACAUUCAAGAAUGGGUCAAGGAGGCGAGGAAGAAGGGUGCAUUGGCAGCUGAAGGGAAGUUGCCAGACGACGGGGAUGGUGAGGAGGAAGACCACGACGAUGACGAGAGUGAUAUUGACGACGACGACGAUGAAGACGAAGAUGGUCACAAACACGAACAUACUACUGAAUCCUCUCCGAGGUCGAAUAAUAACGAUAACAAGGACGAGGAAGAAGAAGAAGAAGAAGAUGAUGAUGAUGAUGAAGUAGCUCAGCCGGUUCAGGGCGUUCAACCAUCAAGACCUGCUACUACUCAUGGCUCUGCACCAAGCGAUAUCCCAUCAAAUACAGCCACCGUUACUGUUAUCCCAACUUCAGGCCCUACUCACGGCAAUGACGACGAAGAUGGAAUCAAAAACGACGUCGAGGUCAUGCAGCCCGCUCAAAAUGUUCAACCAUCGCAGCCUAGUACUAAGGGCUCGUCUACACCUACCACCACCCUACCAAGUACAGCUACUGCUUCUCCGUCCCCUAGACCUGGCAAUGAGAAUGGUGACAAUGAAGAUGAUCUCAACGAAGUCAUGCAACCGGCCCAGAGUGCUCAACAAUCUCAAUCUGCAGAUGCACUGGACCCAUCUACAUCCUUCACCCCAUCCAAUACUAUUACUGGUGCUGGCGAUGCUACUGCUCCUACUCAAACCGUCUAUGUACCGGUCAAUGUAUUCCCAACUCGGUUUCCAGAUAUUGAUGAAGAUGAAAAUCCGUCUCCCUCCUCGACGCCUCUUCCUAUCUUCCCUCCCCCUGAAGACAUCACAAAAGCAAACCUGCCUCCAGCAGCUGUCCCACCUUCUCCUCAAGACGCUACAAAUACCAAUGUUCCUGAAGCUAGCGAGGCCCUAGUUGCUCAAACUACUACUACAGGUAUACCGGACAAUAUCGACGCUCCAGCUGUGAAUGAGGAGUCUUCCAAUGACGAUCUUGACUCCACCCCGACAGCAUCCUAUACCAAUCCCCAACUACCUUCGUAUGAAUCUCAAUUUGCCAAGAUCAAACAUUUCUUGGAUUUGUUCACACCCACAGAUGAGUCUGAGAAGUCGUACCGGAAAUAG